CCUUCAAUUUUGAAUAAUCAUCACUCCUUUGUUUGGUGAAUUGUGUUCAUCUUUAAGAAAAUGGCAAGUUUAAUAAGGUUUUCCCAAAUCCUCUGCCUUUGCUUCAUGUUGUUACGGUUUCGAGUCCAAAGCUCCUCACCUUCUCAAUCUUCUCCCGAUUCAUCACCACAUUGGUGCCGUCCUGAAGAGCGUUCUGCACUGCUUGAUUUCAAAAGCACUACUAAUUUCCUGGAAUACUGUUUUGGUACUCCUCGUCCUAUAAUAAAAACUUGGAAGGAGAGUAAAGACUGCUGCUUGUGGGAGGGCAUCAAAUGCGACAAGGUGAAAGGUCAAGUGAUUGGCCUUGAUCUUAGCAGGAAUUGUCUUGAAGCCAAUCUAACUACAACUAGUAGUCUCUUCCACCUUGAGAAAUUGCAGAGUCUCAACCUUUCUCGCAAUUAUUUUCAUUAUCCUAACAUCUCAUUUGGGUUUAACCGUUGGAAGAGUUUGAGAAAUCUUAAUCUUUCAGCUUCAACAUACUUCGAUGGCUCUCUCCCGGUUGAUGAGAUCUUCUUGCUACUGAAAUUGAUUUCACUCGAUCUCUCUUAUAAUUAUGGUUUGCUUCUUGACAACAUAAAAUUUCAAAUGCUUGUGCAUAACUUAACAGAAUUAAGGUUUCUUAUCCUUGAUUCUAUGAAUAUGUCUCUGGUUGUGCCUUCUUCCUUGCUAAACUUGACUUCUUCCUUGGAGCAUUUGAGCCUUAGCUCUUGUAAUUUGCAAGGAAACUUUCCAAACCAAGUUUUUCAGCUUCCAUCUCUCCAUCUUCUUGAUUUAAGCUACAACUCUCAUUUAGGAGGUAAUUUGCCCGAGUCAAACCAGAGUAGUACCCUCGAGUAUUUGAAUCUUGCAAACACAUCCUUCUCAGGAGAAUUGCCUUAUUCAAUCGGAAAUCUUAAACUCCUACAGGAAUUGAAUCUUGAUGGUUGUCAAUUUUAUGGAUCAAUUCCUGGAUCUCUUGCAAAUCUUACAAAGAUAACUCAACUAGAUUUUUCUUCCAACCAUUUGCGAGGGCAAAUACCAAAUGUUUUUGGAAAAAUGCACAAGCGAACUAAUUUGAAAUUAGAUGCAAACAACUUUGGUGGUGAAAUUCCUUCAUCAAUCUUCAACCUCACCAAUCUUACUCUUUUGUCAAUAUCAUCAAAUAAGCUAUUAGGUCGCAUACCAUCUUGGUUGAUUUCUCUGCCUUAUUUAUCCUAUUUAAAUCUCCAAAACAACUACCUUACUGGACCUAUUGAUCAUGUUGAGAUGCCCAAUCUCUUUUUACAAGAAGUCUGUUUGUCCAAUAAUGAGAUAAGUGGUUCACUUCCUAGCUCCUUCUUUGAUCUUGUGUAUCUUACUAGAGUUGACCUUUCUUCAAAUAAUUUAACUGGCACCAUUACAUCUGACAUGCUUUCGAAGCUUGUAGACCUUGAGGAUCUUGAUCUUUCCAAUAAUAGUUUGCUGUCUUUGAGCAAUAAUGGCACUGCUGUCAACUAUUCCUUCCUUCCUAGCCUCCUGUCUUUAACAUUCUCUUCUUGCAACAUACACAAGUUCCCAAGUUUCUUAAGGAAGGCAGAGAAAUUGCAAGAAUUGGAUAUUUCCAAGAACAAGAUUUCUGGUCAAAUUCACAAAUGGGAAAUAGAAGGGAUGUCCUCAUUGUACUAUUUAAACCUUUCUUAUAACUACUUGACUGGUAUAGAUUUAUUUGGUUUUGGAAAUCUUAAAACUGUUGACCUCAGAUCCAACUUACUACAAGGAUCACUUCCCAUUCUAUCAAUAACUUGGGAUUCUAUGCUAGAACUCCUCAUUUCAGGGAAUAAAUUGACUGGUGAAAUCCCUUCUUCUUAUUGUAAUUUUACUUCUCUUAGAGUUCUAGUCUUAGCUAAUAAUAGGUUGGGAGGAAAAAUUCCAGAAUGUCUUGGAAACGUGGGUGUUCUCAAUGUCUUGGAUCUGCAGAUGAAUAAGUUCCAUGGUAGGAUUCCAAAUUUAUUUGACAAAAACAAUCCAUUGAUAACACUUCAUCUAAAUGGCAACCGAUUGGAAGGGAUAUUGCCACGGUCUUUGGUUAAUUGCAGUGUGUUGGAAAUCCUAGAUGUGGGGAACAACAACUUGAAUGAUACCUUUCCACAUUGGUUAGGUGUUCUUCCAUCGCUAAAAGUUCUCAUCCUUCGAUCUAAUCGAUUUCAUGGUGCCAUCAACGAUUCUAUGCCUACGUUUUACUUCCCUCAGUUGAGAAUCAUUGAUGUCUCACAGAAUGAUUUUAUGGGUCUCCUACCGAGUAACUAUUUCAAAAUUUUGAAAGUAGUGAAAGGGUCAGAGAGGGAGCUUGUAAGGAUCUUGAAAAUUUUCACAGCUAUAGAUUUCUCGAGCAAUCAAUUUCAUGGACUAAUUCCUGACGAGCUAGUUGAACUCAAUUCACUUUUAUUACUAAACUUAUCUCACAAUAGUCUCAAUGGUCAAAUCCCAUCAUCAUUGGGGAAAUUAGCAGAACUCGAGUCAUUAGAUCUCUCAUCAAACAAGCUUGAAGAUAGGAUUCCAGAGCAAUUGACAAAGCUGACGUUCCUAUCAAUCUUGAAUCUUUCGCACAAUGAACUUGUGGGUCACAUACCUGAAGGGAAGCAAUUUAGUACUUUCUCAAAUGAUUCCUACAUUGGGAACUCUGGGUUGUGUGGAUUCCCAUUGACAAAGAAAUGUGAAGAACCAAGACCACCUUCAUCACAAUUUGAGGAAGAAGAUGACUCUACAGCAAUCUUUGAGUGGAAGUUUGCAUUGGCAGGGUAUGGGUGUGGACUGGUGUUGGGACUUAGUAUGGGAUACAUUGCCUUCACUACAGGAAAACCAUGGUGGGUAGUGAAGAAAGUGGAGAAAUAUCAACUGAAAUUAGUUGGAAGGUGCAACCAAAGUCAUAAGCACAGAAAAACUGAAAAACCAAAAAACCCAACUAACGCUCUUGAGUAAGUUUCUACAACUCUCUAUAAUAUUUGUGUGCUAUAUAAGUUCUAACGAUAAAAAUCAAGGCAUGUUAUGUAAUAGUGACUCUUAAUUUUUCUACUUUUGCUUUAUUUUAUAUAGGUGCAUGUAGGUGCGGUUGAUUUCCUACUCCGAGGAGAUCUGGCAACAGUUGCUUCUUGAGUUUGUUUCCAUCUUUUUCAUGUUCAUUGUUGAUAUAUAGUUGUAUUGACUUGUGUGGGAGAAUUUGUGUUAAUUUCUUUUGGAUUUCUAUUUGCUCUGAAAGUAGUUGGCUAUGUAUUUUUUUGGUGUAAUUUGUUUCUUCUGAUGUUAUUUACCUAUGCAUAUUUUCUUCUCUCUUCCUUUGUUUUGGCUGUCUUUGAACGGUGCAUUUACUAAAGGAAAAUGUAAAAUCUUGUUCUUUUUUGGUGUAAUUUGUUUCAUUUGAUGUUAUUUACAUCUGCCUAUUUUGUUCUCUCUUCCUUUGUUUUGGCUGUCUUUGAAUGGUGCAUUUUGCCAACCUCCUUUGCUCUCCGGAGGCCCACCCUCUAGCCAUCGCCAAACUCAAAUCUUGUUCUUUGGCUGGUGGUCUGAUUCAUAGGCAGCUAAUUUUCCUUGGUGUUUCCUUUUGUCUGGAGAUAUCAAUUUCUGUCUUAAGAGGGGCAAGUUGUAAUUUUCUCUGUGUGGAAUAAAUUAAUGUGUUUUGC